CUACUACGCACUCCACUCCAAUAGAUAGACUCCCAUCCCCACUCGCCAUCACCGUCUCCAUCUCCAUCUCCAUCUCCGUCUCCAUUUAUUUCAAAACCACUAAAAAUAAGAAACAGAUCCCUUUCUUUCAAAAACAGAAACAGAAACAAUGGCGUUUUCAGUACUCAUCUUUCUCUAUCUUCUUCUUAUUCUAUCUUUCAACUUCUUAGUUCGCUCGGAGUCGUUUAUUGGCAUUAACUAUGGUCUACUUGCUGAUAACCUACCGCCACCUACGGCCACUGCCAAGCUUCUACAAUCAACUUCAAUACAAAAAGUGAGACUUUACGGUGCCGAUCCUGCCUUUCUUAAAGCUCUUGCUAAUACUGGAAUUGGCAUCGUCAUUGGCGCUGCAAAUGGUGAUAUUCCUGCUUUGGCUUCCGAUCCCAACUCGGCGACUCAGUGGGUUAACGCCAACGUCUUGCCGUACUAUCCUGCUAGUAACAUCAUUCUUAUCACCAUUGGAAACGAGGUAUUGUUAUCUGGAGAUCAGAACCUGAUCUCUCAGCUAUUACCAGCAAUGCAAAAUAUGCACAACGCGCUUAACUCGAUCUCACUCGGCGGCAAAAUUAAGGUCUCCACCGUCCAUUCCAUGGCGAGUUUAUCACAGUCCGACCCGCCAUCUUCCGGAAUGUUCAAUCCGUCUUAUCAAGAUACAAUGAAAGGGUUACUCCAAUUCCAGAGAGAUAAUGGGUCCCCGCUGGCCAUCAACCCGUACCCGUUUUUCGCUUACCAGAGCGACCCAAGACCAGAGACCUUAGCUUUUUGCCUGUUCCAACCCAACGCGGGACGAGUGGACUCGGGCAAUGGGAUUAUGUACAUGAACAUGUUUGACGCUCAGGUGGAUGCUGUUCGGUCUGCAUUAAAUGCAAUCGGAUUCAAGGAUAUUGAGAUUUUGGUUGCUGAGACUGGUUGGCCUUAUAGUGGUGACAGCAAUGAAGUAGGGCCUAGUAUUGAAAAUGCAAGAGCUUAUAAUGGCAAUUUGAUUAAUCACCUUAGAACAUUGGUUGGUACCCCAUUAAUGCCCGGAAAAUCUGUAGAUACAUACCUCUUUGCACUCUAUGAUGAAGAUUUGAAGCCCGGACCUUCCUCUGAAAGAGCAUUUGGCCUUUUCAAAACUGAUCUUUCUAUGACAUAUGAUGUUGGUCUUACAAAGAGUAGCCAGGUGCCAUCAACCCCCACAACUCCAGCAACCCCAUCAGCAAAACCAACAGCAACAGGUUGGUGUAUGCCAAAAUCUGGUGUUUCUGACGCUCAAUUGCAGGCAAGUCUUGACUAUGCUUGUGGUCAAGGCAUAGAUUGCGGCCCAAUUCAACCUGGAGGUGCAUGUUUUGAACCAAAUAAUUUAGUAUCGCACGCUGCUUAUGCCAUGAAUCUCUAUUACCAAGCUUCUAGCAAGAAUCCAUGGAAUUGUGAUUUCUCGCAGACUGCAACACUUACAUCAAAAAAUCCCAGUUAUAAUGGCUGUGUCUAUCCUGGUGGAAGCACCUGAAAAUCAAGAGAAGCUCAUUCUUCAGUUGAAUAAAGAAGGGGUGGAUGGUUAAAUAAAGUAUGUGUAGCUUAAUGGUUGUUGUAAUAAUUAUUAUUUAUAACUGUCAUUGUAAAUUCUUCCUUUGAUUUGGAAGCAUUGUUUUAGAUCUCUGUCUCCUUAGCAUGUUAUUUAAUUCUGUUAGGGUUGCUUAAAAAGUGUAAUUAUGUUAGAGAGGAAUACCUAGAGUGCUUUAAGCAAGUCACAUGUUUUCAAAAUUUUUAAUUAUGUAUAUCUCUUGUCAGUGAAGCAAUACGUUGUCGUUUCUUUUUGUGAUAGCCAGAACUGCAAAUUUCUAUUUGCAAGUUGUUGUUUUCUCCUUUUUGUUAUUUAUCUGACAGUGUUAUGAGGCCACAUGGUUGUGCCAAGAA